AUGGUAGCCGAGGCAACUUUGCGAUAUGUAGAGCGGUUUCUUGAUGACUCGGGCGGUAACGACAGGCUGGGCCGACCUGGUGACCGUGAGUCCCUCGAUAAUGCGGGUCGACACAUGCGGGUAGCGAUGGUAUUCGUCUUGGCAGGAUUUAUGACCAUUUGGCUGCUUUGUGUGGGGUUGAUUUGGCACAUAAGGGUGAAUCGAGCAGGGGCUUUCAAAGGGAAUGCAGAAGCAGCAAGGAAGGUGAUCUUGCCAGCAUACGAACCGGUGCUGUUCGUGAUGGCAAUUAUCAAUGGCGCCUACAUAAUUUUCCUCGUGGUUGCGUUCGCAACUGACUAUUUCGACGUGUUCAUCUCCCCGGUUAUACUGGAAUCGUUUUGUUCCGGCAAUCAGUUCAUGUUCGUGACCGUCCUGAUGCUUAUGUUCGAGAAAAGCCUGUCAUUCCCAGCCGUCAAGCGAGCAGUGGCAUUGUCGUUGGUUCUGUCCUACUACACCACCUUGUACGUCUGGAUAGUGACAAAAUUCGGGAGUCCAAAUCACCAAAAGGAGUUUACCAUUGGCCUCCAGUUUGUACGCGGCCUGCUCAUGCUUCCAUUUAUGUACGCGUUUGUCAAGCCUCCAAACCGAGCUACAAAGAGAAUCAUUCGAGAAUUGUGUUUCGCUACCUUUGUUUUCUAUGCGCUCAUGGUACUGGUGGUGAUUUUCGCCACGAACCCAAAGACUGCACCGAAUAGCCACUACGUCCUCUACGCGAUAUUGUCGUGGGUGGCAUUUUGUCCUCUGGUUGUGUGGCGUGUGUUGAAAGCGGACACUGAGUAUUGGCGAGGAGUCGGUCAGCGAGCAUGUGCUUUGCAAGACUAUUUUCAACAUGAUAAUGACCUGAGCGAGCGUGUAUCAUCUAAAGGUUUGCACGUACUCAUUGAAAUGAACCGAAAAUGCGUGAUCGACUUCGCUUAUCUGGAGCUCAUUCGGCAGAUUGGAGUGGGGUCUAAAUCCACUGUGUUUCAAGGAACUCUAAAAAUGAAAACCCACGUCGCUGUCAAGGCGUAUGCGCCUUCAAGUUGCUCCGAAGAUGUCGUAGCCGCAUUUUCGCACGAAGCAGCCAUGUGCAGCGUCUUGAAUCAUCCUAACAUUGUCAAGUUUCAUGGAAUGUGUAUAGCGCCACCUACAAUUUGUCUCGUAUUCCAGCUUUGCCAGGGGAAUUUGGCCGACACGCUGGCUGAUCAAGCUCGCAGAAAAAAUCAUCCUGCCCGACAACAAUUAUUAAUUUGUAUCGGAUUCAUGUUGGAUGCUGCUCGUGCUGUGGCUUAUCUUCAUAGUUUCUCGCCUCCGUUUGUCCACUGCGACAUCAAGCCACCAAAUUUUCUAGUUGACGCAGCGUGCAAUGUGCAAUUAUCGGAUUUCGGCGAAUCCAGGAGAUCGAUGAAUCGAAAAAAGAGAGCACCUGCAAAAGCGCAAGUAGCCAUUUUGGAAGAUAAAUAUUUUGAGCACAAAAUUAUUGAUUCACCGAUCGAUACAGGUGAAUCGCAAAUCGACUCUACGUGGUGGAUGCAACUGGAAAAGAACUCGAUUGAAUACACUGCACCUGAGAUAAUGGAACAAGGAGAACUGCGUGUGUAUGGAGAAGCGACUGACGUCUAUUCACUUGCUAUUACUAUGUGGGAUAUCUUACAUCCUGCUGGUGACAAGUUUCCACAAGCACAUGGAGAUAGUGUCCAAGUGAUUGAAGAAGUUCUGCAUGGUGCACGCCCCAGGUUCAGCAGCAACACUCCUUUGAGAUUACGCGGUAUCAUUGAGCGCUCCUGGCAUCGUGAUCCUGGUCUUCGUCCUUCGGCAGCACAAAUUGUCGCUGCUUUGGAAGAAACUCAGGAGGAUUUCUGCUCGCGACUUGUACUCGAUAUAGUGAGUGGUCUUAGCGAUUUCUUUGAUGUCGUGGAUGAAUCUGCAUGUAGUUCAAGACCGCCAGGUGUUUACCACACUCACGCCUUCCCCGGAGCAUUCAUCGUAGACCGAAUGAUUGACCAGCGGUUCGUAAGGUGUCCGGCUGAGGCAGUUCGCAUGGGCAACGCAUUGAUGGAUUCCAGCGUCCUUCACCACGUUAACCAUUCAAAGAGUUUCGAAAAUAGUGCCACAGCACGGUACUAUUUCGCUUUUGAUGCAAGUCGUGAGAGUUCGAGUAGCUCAUUUAGCCUGAAUGAGACAACUGUUCCCAUGCUGGCACAUGGAGCCAACGGUGACCACUCUCGAACGUCCUUCAGCGUCGUACGACGCGCUGGACUCAGUUGUCAGUGUCGACAGCUAGGACAGCGUCUUAUCAGGCAAAGCAAGGCAUUUCGAUUUCGGAAACAGUCUCAAGCUACUUCAGAGGCCACAGUCGACAACUUGGAUCACUACAACGAUCUACCUGGAACUGCCGCCACCAUGGCCUAAAGCCUGUGUUGCGGAAAUAUGCCUUUUAUCACACAAUCCCAACAGAAAUAAUACGAAGCAAUCGUAAAAGCCUUCUUGAGUAGUUGCCAACUACAUGUACAAGUUGUAUGUAAUCACUUACGAC